GAUUGAUGCACAGAUUCACAAACACACAGUGGGAGAAGCAGUUGAGAGAGAGUGAGAUACACAGAGAGAGAUGGAGAGUUUCCCAGUUAUUAACAUGGAGAAUCUCAAUGGAGAAGAGAGAGCAGCAACCAUGGAGAAUAUCAAAGAUGCUUGUGAGAACUGGGGUUUCUUUGAGUUGGUGAAUCAUGGGAUAUCCCAUGAGCUGAUGGACACAGUGGAGAAGUUGACAAAGGAGCAUUACAAGAAGUGUAUGGAGCAGAGGUUCAAGGAAAUGGUGGCAAGUAAGGGUCUGGAGGCUGUUCAGUCCGAAAUCAACGAUUUGGACUGGGAAAGCACCUUCUUCCUCCGCCAUCUUCCAACCUCCAACAUGUCUGAAAUCCCAGACCUUGAAGAAGAUUACAGGAAGGCGAUGAAGGAGUUCACCGCGCACUUGGAGAAACUCGCUGAGCUGCUUCUAGACUUGCUGUGUGAGAAUCUUGGGCUAGAGAAAGGGUACCUGAAGAAGGCCUUUUACGGGUCUCAGGGGCCAAGCUUUGGCACCAAGGUCAGCAACUACCCUCCAUGCCCACAGCCAGAGCUGAUCAAGGGUCUGAGAGCACACACUGAUGCUGGUGGCAUCAUCCUACUCUUCCAAGACGACAAGGUCAGUGGGCUUCAGCUCCUCAAGGAUGGCCAAUGGAUUGAUGUUCCACCGAUGCGACACUCCAUUGUCAUCAACCUAGGUGAUCAGCUUGAGGUGAUCACCAAUGGCAAGUACAAGAGCGUGAUGCACCGGGUGAUCGCCCAAACUGAUGGAAACAGAAUGUCAUUAGCAUCAUUCUACAACCCAGGCAGUGAUGCAGUCAUCUACCCAGCACCAGCAUUGGUGGAGAAAGAAAAGGAGACAAGCGAAGUGUACCCGAAAUUCGUGUUUGAGGACUACAUGAAGCUUUAUGCUGGUUUGAAGUUCCAGGCCAAGGAACCAAGGUUUGAGGCCAUGAAGGCAAUGGAACCUACUGUUAAUUUGGGUCCCAUUGCCACAGUUUGAGUCCUUUGCCAACAGAAAACAAAUGGGGUUUGUGUGUUUCUUAUGCUACUAUGCUAAGCCUAGCUACUGGUGAGUGUUACUGUAAUAAUGUUGGGAAUCUAAGUUCUACUUUAUAUUGUGGGUUUAUAAGAAAGAUGUUUGGCUAGUGUGAAACUUAGGCUUGAUGUACCAUGCCUGCUGCUGGUGUAAUGGUGGGGGAGAUGAGGUGUUCUGUUGUUGAAAGUGACAAAAACUUAACCUCCUUUGCUAAGAACUUCAGAUUCCUUUUGGCCUUUUCCGCUUAA